CUCUCCGAUGAAAAUAUCUACAGUAUCUAAACACCACACGUUCAAUAAGAACUACACAUCCAUCCAUUUUAUAAAGCGCUUAUCCUGAUCAGCGUCAUGAAGGGCUGGAGACAGGAUUCACCUCGUCCAGUCAGCCGACCUGCAGGUCCUUAUAGCGUUGGAGAACCCCAGCACAAUCCUUGAUGAGGGCGCUAACGCCAGAGGCCCCGUUUCAUCCUCCAGCUCGACCUUAUCAUCUCAACGCAGAUAGAAACACUUUUCACAUGCUGGACAGAGUCUGUGGAAGAAACCUAGCUGCAGAAAAAGGCUCAUAAAGACGGGUGUGGGAAGUCACAGAGGACACAUGAAAGUGACAGAAGGCCCAUUCACACUGCCGUUUGCACGCGGGGAUCCUGCGCCAAUUCUCUGCCUCUGUGUGAAUUUCUCGGAGGGGGCGAGGGGUGAAGUUUCAUGCCGGCGCUGAUCCGCCUCUGGAGCAGGUAUCAUGGAAAAGGUUCAGGGACCUCCUCCUCCAGGAAUAGCAGCACCGCCGUACCCCGGUCCCCCUGUGGGAGUCUACCAACCUCAACCUAACAUCCAGCCUGCUCAGCAGCCUGUAUACCAGUACUCCGCACAGCAACCUCAGGUCAUUCAAACUGUGAAUCAGGUGGUGAUGGUGCAGCCGAUGCCGAGAGAUGUUCCAGGACAGAUGACGUGUCCUAGCUGCCAAAACACCAUCAUCACUAAAACUGAGUACAAAAAUGGUCUGCUCACCUGGGUCAUCUGUGGCACACUAGGAGUCUUGCUGAUUUGGCCUUGCUGUUUGAUCCCGUUUUGUGUGGAUUCUUGCAAGGAUGUGGAACACUCCUGCCCGGUCUGCAACAACGUCCUGCAUCUCCAUAAACGCAUGUGAAAUGUCACUGUAGUGCACGCUCCGCUGAAUUAUCAACAAAAGGUAGUCGGCUCAACCAUGACUAAAUAAACACCAGUAUAGGAGGCCAAGCCUCUUCGUGCAAAUAAAUGUCAUCAUAAACCCUGUGCUCGCUAAAAAGGGGCGCAGCCCUUGCAUUCCUCUCUGUGUAAAUAGAAAUUACACAACUGCUGCUGCUUCUUUUCUUUCUUCGGUUUGAUUUAAAAUGUGCAAUUGCGUUGGACUUGUGGAAAUGUAAAAAUCCUAAUUGUCAUGAUCAUAGCUUUUCUUGACUUGACCUGUGUGCUGUCUAAAUACAACCUCAGUGUUGAAUUUAAGCAACCGUGAAGAGUGUAUAUAAUCAUAUUUUCCUGACACACUGACAUUAAAAGUGAAUAAGAAGAGUUGUUCCAUAACUGUCAUAUGAUAAUCGACGUAGGUCACUGUGUUUACUUUUCAAAGCCUCUUAUCACAAUAAUACAAACUUGCUGCUUGUACCAGAGUUGAUGUAUGUUUUUAGUUGUUUUUUUUUGUGUUUGGAAAAAUCUGCUGAAGAACAGCUGAUUUGUUCAGUUGUCCGAGGGUCAAGUGCUGAGUUGGCACUCUAAUGAGGAUAGAUUUGUAUUGACAACUAAGAAAAAAAAAACCCUGUAAAUUUCUGUAAUGAAAAUUGAAUGUUUCAAAAUGUUACCGUGCUCUGAUACAGCAGGUGAUGGUACGGCUGAGUGCAAUUUCAACAAUAAAUGCAAGCAAGUGGAA